GCGAGCGGCGCCGCCCUGCCGCCGCUCCCCGGGGCAGAACAUGGCGGCCGCUCCCCGCGCCGCCGCUAGAGGGCGUGGGUCAGCCGCGCACGGUUCCUGCACGCCCAGCGGCCGCGGCCCGGUGCGGGAGGGGAAGGGCGGCCAUGGACAGGUUCUCGUGGACCACCGGGCUGCUGGAGCUGGGAGAGACGCUGGUGAUCCAGCAGCGCGGCGUGCGCCUUAGCGACGGCGAGGAGAAGGUGAAAUUUGAUAGUGGAGUUUUACUGCUGAGCACACACAGACUGAUCUGGAGGGAUCAGAAGAAUCAUGAGUGCUGCAUUGCUGUACCUCUGUCUCAGAUUGUAUUUAUUGAAGAGCAAGCAGCUGGGAUAGGAAAGAGUGCCAAAAUAGUAGUUCAUCUUCAUCCUGCUUCUUCAAACAAAGAGCCUGGUCCAUUCCAAAGCAGCAAAUAUUCCUAUGUCAAGCUUUCUUUCAAAGAACAUGGGCAGAUUGAGUUCUACAGACGAUUAUCAGAAGAAAUCACACAGAGGAGAUGGGAGAGCCUGCCCACUGGUCAGGCCAUGCAAGUUAACAAGGAUUCACAGGCAGGAAGAAUAAGGGCUGUAGGAAUUGUUGGUAUUGAAAGGAAAUUAGAAGAAAAAAGAAAAGAGACUGACAAAAACAUUUCCGAGGCUUUUGAAGACCUUAGCAAACUAAUGGAGAAGGCUAAGGAAAUGGUGGAAUUAUCCAAGUCAAUAGCCAACAAGAUUAAAGAAAAACAAGGUGACAUCACUGAGGAUGAGACCAUUAAGUUCAAGUCCUACCUACUGAGUAUGGGUAUAGCUAAUCCAGUUACAAGGGAAACAUAUGGAUCUGGUACACAGUACCACAUGCAACUGGCAAAGCAACUGGCUGGAAUCCUGCAGGCACCCCUAGAGGAGCGAGGGGGGAUCAUGUCUCUGACAGAAGUGUACUGCCUGGUGAAUCGUGCUCGAGGGCUGGAGUUGCUGUCACCAGAAGAUUUAGUAAAUGCUUGUAAAAUGCUGGAAUCACUGAAAUUACCACUAAGGCUUCGGAUAUUUGAUAGUGGUGUCAUGGUGAUUGAACUCCAGUCUCAUAACGAAGAGGAAAUGGUAGCUGCUGCUUUAGAGACAGUAUCUGAAAAGGGUUCUCUCACAGCUGAUGAGUUUGCUAAGCUGGUGGGGAUGUCUGUUCUCUUAGCCAAAGAAAGGCUGCUUCUUGCUGAAAAGAUGGGCCAUCUUUGCAGAGAUGAUUCAGUGGAAGGCUUGAGAUUCUACCCAAAUCUAUUUCUGACACAAAGCUAAUAGCAUUUGUGUACAAUUUGUUAUGUAAUAAUUGAACAAGAGAGCAGAAUCCUUCCAAGAACUGACUUUAAAAUUCUUAUUUCGUUAGUCAUCUGCAAGAGACAUGAACAUUGCAAUGCUUUUACAGUUCUCAGGUAUUUCAAGUGCUGAAUCGUCUUACAUGGAACUGAAAGGAAAUAGAAAUCACAAAGUCAGAAGCAUGUCUAUUGUCUCAAGACAACUCACUCAUUUUUCAAGUUUUAUUUGAUGUGCUGUGUAGUUCCUCAUUUCAAGAGAAGAUUCCACACCAGUGAAAGUGGAGAGAAUGUUGCUGUAGAGUGCUGUGAGGGUCAGUACCCAGAAGCCAGCUUACUGCAUACUCCAAUUCCAGUUUGCUCCAGUUUGCUUAUGUCUGGAGCAGCAAAGCAGACAGAUGUAUCCACAGUGAUAAGAAAUGGGACUCUGGUGUCUACUGAGGUAUAAGGAACAAACUAGUGUAGAAUAAUCCUUUCUCCCAGAAGUGAUUAACAGUUUUCUAAGGGAGGAUCUUUGGGAUCUAGAAUUUGAGACAGAAAGAACCUGCUGCAAGAGAGAUUAUUGUAUGUUAGGCAAAUCUAGAAAUUACCGUGUUUAUUUUGUCGUGUCUUACACUAAUAUCUCAGAUAGAAGCAUUGUUAGCACAGACUUCCUCCCUUCUCUUUCCUUGCCAUCUUCCUUCCUGUCCAUUUAUGUUGCACUUUGGGUGCCCCUUCUCUGUCCUUUCUGUAGCAGAGUGGAGCAGCCUCCUGUCACUUUACCAGACUCUGUGCUUUAAUGUGCUUGUGUUUAUCUUGUACUUCUAACAAAAGAUCAUUUGUUAGUUUCAUCAGCCUAUUACAUGUUUUGGGGAAAC